AUGUGGUCAUCACCGGCCCUCUCGCUUGUUCUCGUCAUCUUUGGAGGUCUCCUCCUCCUUGCAUCGUGUGGCCUGUCCACUGCCAGCAGCGCCACCUCUCAGCUGACCGAGGCACCGCCCCUCCCCGUGCGUGACCAGUGCAUGCGAGCCACCGUCAGCUCCGUGGCCGAUCACCUCUACCGCGACCACAAAAACUACCGAACCAUCUCCCAGGCGCUGUUCCCGACGGAGGGCGACCACUCGCUGAUCGUGUGGGUUGACGUCGACUGGUGGAACGGUACCAGCGGCCUGCCGGGGGUGCGCGACUCCUGGGCGUGGAGCACGUCGUGCCUCUACGUGGUGCUGCCGCUCGAGCUCUUCCCGCUGCUCUCCAUCUGGGUCUUCAACCCGCAGCAGCGAAUGAAAGAGGUGACGGUGUCGUUGCCGCCGUUUUGUGCCAACGUCACCGCCGAGCAGGCCAACACGGCCCUCUACCUCAGCUUCAAGCGGAUGGAGGCCUACGUACGCAAUCGGGACGACCCCGAUCCGGAUCUGAGCAUGGCGCAGUGCGUGGUGGCAUUCGACAGUAGUGGGCACAUGACUCCCGAGAGCGAUGAGGCCGGCCUGGAUAAGGCAUAUUUGCUGUUCUACUUGAACCUCGCGGGGAUCGGAUUGUUUAUGCUGGCCCUGGUAUUCCUGGCCAUACAGUACGUGGUCGACUGGGUCAACGCCGACAGGCACAGCGAGGCGGGCGCUGACGGAUAUAUAGCUGGGAACAGCCCGCCGGGAGGGAAGAACGACCAUCUCUACACUGAUAACACGGCCAAGUUCGGUGCGGCGUCGAUCGACGGACGCGGACGGCCCACCAGCGCUACCGAGGGCUACGGCAGCGUCGACCACCAACUCUACGCCAACGAGGAGGGACACGUGGUGCAUGUUGCCACGAGCGACAGCGACGAUGGGGAUGCGGACGACACGGACGCCGAUGAAGACUACGCCGCCGCCGAAGAGUCCGGCACGCCCAGCCUGCGCCGCGCCGCCGGAGAGAUGGGCGAUGUGCUCCAUGGCUACGGUGAUCGCGCCGGGCGUUCGGGCUACUGGCCACGCGGCUCCGGCUACGAGACGGGCGCAACAGCAGCGGCAGCAGCGAGAAGGAACUCGAGGCAUCGCCUGCACGAAGGCGAGGUGGCCCAGAUCAAGGGCGGCCUCCAGCGGUGCCGCGCCCGAAUCCUGCGCCUCCGCGGCGAGCUGGGAGGGCUCGAGGCCGACCUCGCUCUGGGAACUGUAGCCGCGGCAUCGCUCCGCGCCGCCGGCCAGAUCAAGAUCGCGAACGGCGAGGCCCGUGUGAUCGAGCAGGAGAUCCUCCUCAGCGAAGCCGAGGCCAACAUGCUCGAAGAGGCCGGCGUGUGCUCCCUCCUCAAAGCCAAGGAGAUGAAGUACGAUUUUCUGAUGAUGAAGCGAGAGAUGCUGGACCUCAAGAAGCGGCUGUGGGAAGUCGAGAAGGCGGCGUGGUCCGCCGAAGACGAUCUCCGGCGGCGCAAGCAGCGGAGUGCGGUGUGGGAGAAUUACCUGCGGGCGCUCAUCGGGUCGCCCCUCCUGUGCGACCUCUUGUGCGCCGGCUUCCUGGCGUUCCUGAUCGACUUCUACACCUCCAUGCUCGGACCGUUCGCCAAGGCGACCGUCAUCCCCCUGUUCGCGGUCAACCUGCUAUGCUUCGUCCCGUGGGCCAUCGACUUUGUGCGCCAUCGGCUGGGCUCGCUGGCCUUCAUGCUCUGCUGCUCGUGCUUCCUCCUCUGCGAACGUCGGCGCGCACAGAGCAUCGUUCCACCCAGGGAUGGUGAUGCGAUGGGAGACGAGCAGGAGGCGAACGACAAGAAGGCCAACGUGUGGGUAUUGCUGCCCGUGGUAGUGGUCUUCGUGCUCCACUUUGCCUUCUUCCUGACAUGGAUUGCGCUGGCGACGAUGUUCGACUUUGCCUAUUCGCUCGAGAUCAUCUGCCUCCUCGUCGUCAUGCUCUUCCACCUCUUCAUGAGCGUCAAGCUCGUGCUCAAGAUCGUUCGCCGCAUCAAAGACGACAGCGCCGAGGCGGCGCGAAGCGCAGCAGCCCGCGCACGAGAAGAGACCGACUACGAUGAAGCUGAGGUGUUUGGUGAGGAGAACAACAACCACAAGGACGAAGCGCGCGCGGCCGCGGCGGUGGCACUGGAGAAGGACGGGCGGAGCGGAGUACUCGCGCGCGCGUUCGGCUGGUGUCCCGACCCGCUGCGAGGCUGCCUCGGCGGGUGGGUGUGGUUCCUCUGCAUGAUGCUCUGCCUGCUCGCCGCGCUCGUGAUCUUCCUCGUGUGGCUGCACGCGGGCUACCACACCUUCGCCCGGCAGAAGACGGCCGGCCUGCAGCUCCUCCUCACCGUCGUCACCCUGUUCGUUCUCCUCCUCGAGCGACAGAUCAUCAACCUCGACAUCAGCCGACGCGGCUACCUCCGCAGCUUCCCCCGUCUCGUUUGUCGCCUCGCGCACCAAUGA